AUGUUUCCAACUGCAUCACAGCUGGAUAGUUUUACUGAUGUAUUUGGUGAAGCAUUUAAUGAAGCUAUAGAAGAGAACUCGCAGCCUCUUUCCUUGCCUACCACCUGUGAUUCUCCUCCUGACAAUAACUUGUUAACUGAAAUACAAACUAAUACGAUUCGGCCUGCAAAACAUACCGGUCAACAUGGAGAAUUUAGAAGUGUUGAAGAAAUAGAUCCGAAGUAUAGAUGUUUGUUCACGUAUCCAUACUUCAAUUUGGUACAGUCAAGGAUAAUAGAAGAUGCCUUAUAUUCAGAUAAGUCGCUGGUUGUAUGCGCUCCCACAGGCUCAGGCAAGACCGUGGUUUUCGAGCUCGCUAUUCUGCAGCUGCUUAUGCAUAUGGAAGACACACAAAAUAACGGAGACUUCAAGAUUAUUUACAUGGCACCAGUAAAAGCGGUUUGCAACGAGCGCCUAGCGGAGUGGUACCCGAAGCUUACGAAAUUAGGACUCCUCUGCAUAGAAGUGACUGGCGACACGGAAGUCGACUUCGCGCAGUUAAGCCCAUACAGGGUAAUAAUAACCACGCCAGAGAAGUGGGACAUGCUCACACGCCGGUGGCGCGACCAUCGCGGUUUAGUGGAGAUGAUAAAACUAUUCCUCAUCGAUGAAGUGCACAUACUCAACGAUGAGACUAGAGGUCCCGUGCUUGAAGCUGUUGUUAGCAGGAUGAAAACUGUUGAGUCUGCAGCGCAGUCAGCACAUCGUAUAGAACAACUUCAGCAGCAGUUUCAAGGCGCUGAUCCUACUAAUGCCGUUCCUCCGAGCAUCAGAUUUGUAGCCGUGUCUGCCACAGUCAGCAAUCCUGAAGAUGUAGCAGACUGGCUCGGAACCAACAACAAGCCUGCCGUGUUCCAUAAAUUUGGAGACGAAUGCCGCCCUGUGAAGUUACAGCGAAUAGUGGAAGGAUAUCCUUGUGCGGAAGGCACCAGUAUAUUUAAAUUUGACCUGAUCUUGAACUACAAAUUGUGGCCUAUCAUCCAGAAAUACUACAAUGGGAAACCAACUCUCAUAUUUUGCAACACGCGAAAGAGCGUCGCGCUCACUGCAGAAGCUUUGUCAAGAGAGGUGACCGUGAGUUUUAGUCCCGAACAGAAGGCGAAGCUAACAGCGCUGGCGUCAACUUUGAAAAAUAAGAAAUUACAGAUGCUGGUAAUGAGUGGCGUAGGCUGCCACCACGCAGGAUUGCUGUAUGAAGAGAGAAUAAAUAUCGAGCGUGCCUUCCGCAACAGAGAUCUGCCCAUACUCAUCACUACUACUACUUUAGCUAUGGGUGUGAACUUACCAGCACAUCUUGUGAUUGUGAAAAAUACUCAGCAAUACGUAAAUGGAGCCUAUCAGGAAUACAGCAUCAGCACGGUUCUUCAGAUGGUGGGUCGCGCCGGGCGCCCACAGUUUGACACAGAAGCCACCGCUGUUAUCAUGACCCGGCUACAAGACAAGCCCCGUUACCAAGCGCUAGUUGGCGGCAGCGAGCCUCUUCAAAGCUAUCUCCACAAGCGCCUGGCAGAAAACCUGAACAGUGAAGCGGCCCUGGGCACUGUCACAGAUGUAGCCCAGUGCGUGGAGUGGCUUCGCUCGACAUUUCUCUACGUCAGGGCAGCCAAAGAUCCGAAGAGAUACCUGGGGUUACCACCGGCAGCACCACAGCAACUUAUUUUGAAGAAAAUUGAAGAACUAUGCGUGAAAGCCAUGAACAGUCUGGCGAGCUCUGGCAUGAUAACUAUGGAUGAGGCCAGUUGCAUAGAGUCCACUGAAGCUGGUCGCUUGAUGUCCCUCUUCUAUAUGGACGUGGAAACAAUGAAGAAUAUUAUGAAGAUCGAAGGCUCAGAAACUCUCGAGCGCCUGCUAUGGAUCGUAUGUGAGAGCCACGAACUAGCGGAUAUGCAUCUCCGCGUAGAUGAGCGGAGGUGCCUUAAUCUUCUCAACAGGAACAACAAAGCAGCAACCAUCAGAUUUCCUAUGAAGGGGAAAAUAAGUACUAGGCAGAUGAAGCUGAAUUGCAUCAUCCAAGCGACUUUAGGAUGUCUACCCAUCCCUGAACCAGCGUUGAACCAAGAAGCUAUAAAGGUCAUGAGAACAGCAUCCAGGGUUUGCAAAUGUUUAGUGAAAUACGUAACUCGCCCAGAACUGCCUCCAACACCUCAAACCUUCUCAGCCGUGUUGAACUCAAUCACCUUAUCCAAAUGCAUCGAGGCACACCUGUGGGAGAAUUCUCCUUACGUCAGCAAACAGCUGAAGGGUAUUGGGCCUACGUUCAGUACGUUGUUGGCCAGCGCUGGGGUGACUAGCUUCAUGCUGUUAGAAGAGAGUCAUCCGAGGGACUUGGAAAGGAUAAUGAACAAAGGUCCACCAGCCGGAAACGUAAUACGGAAGCAAGUCAGCCUCCUACCGAAGUAUCAAUUGACUGUAACACCAAUCGACGCCCGAUCAGUAAACGUUCAACUGAUGUUGCUGAACCAUAACCAUCUGUCUGAGAACAUGGACCAACUUACUGCAGGAAACAGCCACAAGAGUUACUUGAUCGUUGGGGAUUCAGAGAAUCAUUUGUUGUUGCUGACUCAGUUCUCAGAUAAGGACUUCAUAAGCAUCUAUGAUGGAACAAUGAAACACGAAGUUACAAGAAAACUUCAGAGUGAACACAAAAUACUGAUCCACUGCGUGAGUUCAGUGAUUGUUGGCAUCGAUGUGCAAGCUGAUUAUUUAUUCCUCGAUUUGGAACCUCAACUUCCACGUGACCAUGCUCCUUGGUCUAAUUCAAACACAACCAGGCCAAACAUUGCAACAAAGCAAACGGCCAUAACAGAUGCCUACAAAGAAAGAAAGCGGAAGAACGAUUCUGACAUUACGCAAUGUAAAGAAAAAAAGAAACGAGAAUAUACUUUGACACAAAAACUCAAAGCGCUAAAAGAGUCAUUCAGUAAAACAUCAACGACAUUAAAAACAGAUAUAUAUAAAUCAGUAGAAAUGUCGAACAAAGUUAUACAUGGCUUGUUAGACGGCAGAAAUAGACCCCGAUAUCCAGAAAACGACCAAGCAAUAAUGGAAGCACCCGAUGAAGUUCCUACAGUUGAUCCCACAAAAGGCAUCAUUGACAGGUCAGAUUGUAUUAGGCCUAGUUAUUCAGAGAAUAAUACAGUAACAGAGUGUCCAACUGUAGAUCUGACUGAAAAUGUACUAGACGAAACAUUUGAAGAAAUAACUAUUAAUGACAACGACGACUACAUAGACGAUUUAAUGAGCAAGAUAGAGUUAGAAAUGUCAAAAAAAUACCCUAUUUCUAACAAUAUGGUGUAUGUGUCUGAUAGUAAUCUUCCGGCGAAAGCUAAUGUACAUUUGAAUGCGACACCAAUACGAGAAUCUCAAAGAGUAGAAACAAAAUAUAGGAAUCCGAAUAACAUACAACAUGCGGCAAAUAAAUCUAACCUAACUGGUAGAGAUAUGAAUAAACGUAAAAACUUAAAGUCCAAUUUCAGUUUCAUGGAUGUAAUAGAAAAGAAAGCUAAAACUGCUGAAGACAGCGUGGAACAAAAUAUGAAUAAAAGCUCUGAUAGUGGAUUCUCAGAUGAAAUUAAAUCGCAAAUAAAUAAAUUCUUACAGCGGGCACAAAAUAGAAAUAAACCUAAAAUUCAAGUUAUUGAUCACCUGCUUGAUAAUUCAAUGGCUGAAGAACUACCCGAAGUAUUUGUCGACGGUUGUAGAAAAGACACUACUAACAACGCUGCUGACAACAAAACAAACUGCGAGGUAAAAUGUGGUGAAAUCGAAAACCAGGCAAAAGUUAUGCUGCAUGACUUUGAUACAUAUGAACAACCUGAAGCAAAAAAUGGACAUGAGUUACUUGACAAUUCAAUGCCUGAAGUACUUCCAGAAGUAUUUGGCGAUGGUUAUAGGAAAGAGAUUAAUAACACUACUUGCAUCAAGACAAACAACGGAAUACAAUGUGGCGAAAACUUAAACCAAGCUGAUUCAUUGAAAGAACUUGAUAUACAUGUUAAAAAGCAUGAUUUUGAUAAUGAUAAACAAGAUAAUACUGGCAUUGCUUGCAGUAAAGCAAAUGACGGAGAGGAACGUGCUAAAAUUGAAAGUCAAGACCAAGCUAUGUUGCAAGACAAAGAUAAAUAUGAACUGCCAAUUGUAUUACAUGAAAACCAUGACUUUGAUGAAAAUCCCGACAUGAUAGAAGUUAAUUUAAAGAUAGGACAAACUGUAGAAUCCACAACAUAUAAACAAAAACUUGAUGAAAACUUUGACACUAGAAUUGACAGCAGGGAUAUGAGUGACAAACAACGAGAAGUCGGCAAACUUAACGAUAGUAAUAAUUUUACUGCAAAACAAACUGUACCGCUAAAUACCAAUUUGACACAUAAUCUAAUUAUAAACCAAAGUGAUUUCUCAGAAAACUUUUCGAGGGUUCCUAGUAUACAAGUUAAUCCAUGGCUCACCUCAAAUAUGACUGAAUCAAAAGAAGUGCAUUUAAAGUUGGAUAAAGUAAAUACUAAAACUAUGGCAGCUGUAGCACUCAACCAAAAUGUAAUAACUCAACGAUACACUGAUAGAAAUGACUUUAAUCAAAAAAGUAGGAUAGCAUAUGACAAUAUGGACCAACAAGAAAAUAAUUCAAUUGAACGAAGUAAAGGUUAUGAUCAAACCCGUGACAUGGUUAUGCCGUUAAAUACAACUUUGGCACUCAAUCAAUUUACAGAAAAUGACAAUAAUCCUGUGAACAUUAGUCCAAACAACAGGAAAAUUAUUCUAAAUGAACAAUUAACAAUGAAGGCAUUGGACACCAUAAACAACCCAAAAACUGAUGUUCGCUUGGCAGAAAUUGGUAACCAUUUGGACAGUUUUCAAUCGAAAAGUCUGAAUAAGUCUGAGAAAAUAAUUAAGAACAGUAAUAAAUUCAAUAUGCAGAAUAAUCAAAGCAUAAAUAAUCCGAACCAGAUGGUUAAUUACAACCAAACUCCACCGCCGAUCAGUACUUGUAACACAUCUAACGAAAAUCUAAGUACAUUAGAGACGUUUGCCAAACGAAGUAACACCAAUAAUGCUCUGAUAACAUAUAAUCACAAUGUAGAAAAUGGUGCCCAGAGCUAUAGUCGGCGACCAACCAAGUUCAAAUCAUUUAUACCGCAUUCUAAUCAUCACAAUACUAUAUAUGGUCAAAAUAUCGACGAUCUCCUUAUCCAUAAACUGAUGAGCAAAAAUAAUCAUCAAAGUGAUAUACCAGACCUCCAUGAAAAUGGUACCAAUGUGGUUUUAACAAACCAAAUGGGGGCGAUUGAUUACAAUGCUUCAAAUAUAGCUACUAAAAAUUCUUGUCCUCCGGAUACAAAACAUCUUAAAAAAGAAAAGCAUGCAAAUUCUAACAAUCAAAACGAAACAUACUUUAAACGAUUCUCUUACACUGCUACAAAGGUAGAUGUCUGCACAAAGAAAUAUGCACCCGACCACGAACUCAGAAUUACGCGGAAAUUAAAGGUAGAUGUAGAUGUAACGGAAGUAUUGAAACAGGACAAAACCAAUCACACAAAUGAAGGGUGUAAUGGUAAUACAAAUAAAGAUCACAAUGAACUCAAUGACACAGAAACAAAACCAAGACAAAACAUUAACACUGAAAAUGUUUGCGAAAAGAUGUUUGUAGAAGAUAUUAUUGCUAAUGAAAACGCAGACCUAAUCAACAUACCUGUUCCAAUUGAAAAUAGUGAUGCAGGAAAAAGUACACAAGAAAGUAUCGACGUUAAACCAAAGCAGUCAGCUGCAGCAACAAAUAACAGUAUAGGAAAUAUUUUGCAAAAAUACAAGAACAUGUUAGUAAAACCCGAAAAAUAUACACCGUCUUUUAACAAUAUUAAUAAGAAACCAGACAUUCACAGCGCUGCAACUGUUGAGCAUACCGUGCCCAAAUCCAAAAAACCAUUUAAAAUUAGCGAAAUUAAUACUGUAGAAAUGCCUUUAUCACUUGAUUUGACAAACACCAAUAAACCCGUUGUUAGCAGUCAGAUAGAACCCGUCGUAACAGCGAAAAGAGUCAAAGAUGAAUCUAAAGAGUAUCUAGAAUUGUAUAAACCAGAAAAUGUCAAUGUGACUCCUAAAAUUAACUACAAUAACCAAACAGCUGACUAUGAGAAAUCCUUUGAAUCGCCUGUCUCGGUCCACAGUUUAAAACUAGACGUAAUAGAAGACAUAAAGGAUGAAAAUGUAUUUAACCUAAAACAAGAUAUGAAAGACGAAAGCAUGUUUAAUCCAAAAUUACUGUUACAAUACUGUACUGAAACUAAUGAAGGCACUGAAAUAAUCGCUCCACCAGCAGGUUUUAGUGAUAAUGAUUAUGCGCCUGUCUAUUCCCCAAUAGCGAGUCAAGAAGUUAAAGAAUUAUACAACAGUGAUGAUCAGAUUGAAAAUAAAGAAGACUUUAAUAACGUUGCCUUAGAAUCAGAUUUGCAAUAUUCGCCUAAAGAAAUGGAAACAUGGUGUUUAUCCAGAGAUGACGAAUAUGAGACGCCAUUGCAAUCGGCUCCUUGGGUCAUUUCACAAAGACCACAUACUAAUUUCGGUACACGGCGCGAUAAGUUGUGUCAGUUCAAGUUUGUAAGGAAAAAGACGUAUAAGCCUUAA